CCAGCGCUGCCACCGAUAGCAGCUCCUCUGCUCCGCCCCGGUCCUGGUGCGGCCCGGCUGGCCCGCGGGGUGCAGAGCCGAGGUCCGCGGCCGACCGCAUGAAGGACUGCGAAUACCAGCAGAUCAGCCCUGGGGCCGCUCCGCCGCCCACCUCCCCCGGGGCGCGCCGCCCCGGCCCCGCCGCACCCCCCGGCCCGGGCCCCGGGCCCCCGCCGCCCGCAGCCGCGCCGCGCUGGAGCAGCAGCGGCAGCGGCAGCGGCAGCGGGAGCAUCGGCCGCCGCCCGCGGCGCAAGUGGGAAGUGUUCCCGGGCCGCAACCGCUUCUACUGCGGCGGCCGCCUUAUGCUAUCCGGCCACGGCGGCGUCUUCGCCCUCACGCUGCUGCUCAUCCUCACCACCACCGCCCUCUUCUUCGUCUUCGACUGUCCCUUUUUGGCCCGCCAGCUGACCCUCGCCAUCCCCAUCAUUGCUGCCAUCCUGUUUUUCUUCGUCAUGAGCUGCCUGCUACAGACAAGUUUCACCGACCCCGGAAUCCUGCCCCGGGCCACCGUCUGUGAGGCAGCGGCCCUGGAGAAACAGAUCGACAACACAGGCAGUUCCACGUACCGGCCACCCCCUCGGACCCGGGAGGUGAUGAUCAAUGGGCAGGUGGUGAAGCUGAAGUACUGCUUCACCUGCAAGAUGUUUCGGCCGCCCCGGACCUCACACUGCAGUGUCUGCGACAACUGUGUGGAACGGUUUGACCAUCACUGCCCCUGGGUGGGCAACUGUGUGGGGAAACGGAACUACCGCUUCUUCUACGCGUUCAUUCUUUCCCUCUCAUUCCUGACGGCUUUCAUCUUCGCCUGCGUGGUCACCCACCUGACGCUGCGCUCUCAGGGAAGCAACUUCCUCUCCACUCUGAAGGAGACACCGGCGAGCGUGCUGGAGUUGGUGAUCUGCUUCUUCUCCAUCUGGUCCAUCCUGGGCCUCUCAGGGUUUCACACUUACCUCGUCGCCUCCAACCUGACAACUAAUGAAGACAUCAAAGGCUCGUGGUCCAACAAGAGGGGCGGUGAGGCCUCUGUCAAUCCCUACAGCCAUAAAAGUGUUAUCGCUAACUGCUGUGCUGUGCUCUGCGGCCCCCUACCUCCCAGCCUGAUUGACCGGAGGGGAUUUGUGCAGUCUGACACCGUGUUGCCCUCGCCCAUCAGAAGCGAUGAGCCAGCCUGCAGAGCCAAGCCUGAUGCCAGCAUGGUAGGAGGCCACCCCUGAACCGGGCUCAGUACUUGCCACCUGCUGGCCUGUAUGCCCCUCCGCACUCACCUGCCGCCCUCCACACCUGCCAGGACCCUCCCCAUUUCACCUGAAGGGAAGCAGAGCCGCCAAAGACUUUUUAAGUCUUUUCGUAUUUAUUUCCCACCCUGCGUGGCUUUCCCCACACUGUGCCAUGGCUGUACCCUCUGCUCCCCAAACCAGGUUCCCACGGUCUUGGGCGCUAAAUUCCCCCAGCUGAUCAGUGGCAGGAGUGACAGGAGAGAGAGGCCAGCGCUCCUGAGGCCGCCCAGGGGACCACGCCAAGCCUCUGCCGUGCCUCUGAGCCGU